GCGCGAGCGAGCGAGCGAGCGCGAGGACACGUUAAUGUGCGGCUGAUGAGCAAACGACGGGAACGACGCGGCACCGGCGUCACACGGCGCGAGCUCGAGACGAGGACGCAGAUAAUCGGCUCGACCCCCGCUCGUUCCAGACAGAACAUCGCAGCGUCACGCCGCCUGCGUCCCGUCGACGCCGGCGUCUAAUUCUGCUUAAAUGGGAAUCUUUUCAAAGGGGGCAUUUUAACGUCACCGAGCACGCGGACUUCCGGCUCAGCAUCUGCGUCCGUCAUGACCUUAUCACGCGCGGCACCGGCGAGACGCGAGCUAAAACUAGCAAGGGCAAAACGAGCUGGGCAUCAUUUGACACAAUAAAAGCUGUAUUCUAUUUCGCGGGAUCAAGGAUUCACGUAAACGUGUGACGUCGACCCUAUAUUUACUUUACGGAAGGAGAACCAUGAAAAGCAACAGCCAUCUGUUUGUUAUACAGCGGUGAUGCCUGCGACCUAUUAAAAUGCCUUCGCAAUGAAUGGACUUCAUUUCCCAUCAACAUGCAGGGCUGGUUGUGCCUGUGUCCGCCUGUAGGUGGAGCCCUGUAGUUUUGUUAGUUUACUAGAUUUACGUCGCUAUAAUUAAAAAAAACAAAAAAACUUUAUUUAGUUCCAUCAUAGUUUUUGUAGUUUUUUUAAUCUUCCCAGAACGGAAACGUAGAAAUCUCGCGUCUGACCUUCAGCCUGUCAUCAUUCCUGUCUGACUUGUUCACCUGGUGUCACAUCUAAUCAUGGUGACUCACUCACUGCCUUUCAGCCUCAGAUUAAAGCCAUUAUCUGCAAGUGUUUUGUUUGUGUGAAUGCGCCAGAACUAGAUCUGAAUCCUGUUUAACGUCACAUUAGUACAUUCAUUUCCUCCCUGUCUCCUCUUGGCUGAAUGAUAAUACAAAUGAUGAUACAAACCUCCCAUCCUCCUUUGUUUUGGCCGAGAGCAUCGAAGAAAUGCCUCAAAUGCAAAUAGGAUCUUUAUUUCGUCAGCGGUGUCACAUUAAUUCCAACGUUUCCUGAUAAUUCAACAUUAGGACUAAUUGACUGGCGUGUAUCUGCUCAUGCAAACAGCAUAUAUACAGUUGUGUUUGUGAAGCAUUUGUGCUGCCUAGUGACCAAAGACUGUCCAGGCCAAAUACUGUUUGAGCAUAGCUUUAUAAUGGAGGUUCCCCUCCAACCUCGGUCGGCUCUUUGUUAUUUGCCGUGUGGUGCGGUUGGGGAUAGAAAUGAUUCCAAGACAUGCUUUUCUGAGGCUGAGUCACAGCUUUUGCUGUUAUUCCUCUCGACACAGGUAACAACAUUGUUUUUUGCUUGUGUCAGCAGUAUUACAAUGCAUGCCUUUGUUCAGUUUGUGAUAUUCAGGUAUAUGUCAGUGGUGUAGUUGAAACUGAUCGUUAAUUUGGAAAACAUCUGCCGUCCUUGGGCUCAGUGGUUCUAUUAGUUACCUGCUGUCUAUCUGUGAAUUCAGUCUUGACACUUGGGGUUAACGCCACAUCUGGCGUGAAAGCUUAAAGCGCAUGACUCAUCCUACGUCUUAGUCACGAAGGAAUCAGAUCAGAGACUGAAAAACUAGAAUGAAAGGCUGCUAAAUGUGUUGCUUUGGAACCCGGCGGAGCAGAGCUCCAGAUGUAGAGGGCGAUGGUGGAGAAAUGCCGAGCGAGUCGCGGCCAGACAGUGGGCCGAGAUGUCAGCGAAGGUGAGGGCUGCUCCAAAUACCAGCUCAGCAGAAUCAUGCGACCGGACGAUGCGAACAUCGUGGGCAGCGUCCACGGCGGCAACAUUCUGAAGAUGAUCGAGGAGGCCGGCUGCAUCGUGAGCACGCGGCACUGCAACACGCAGAAUGGGGGCCAGUGCUUGGCACUUCUGGUUCGGGUGGAGAAGACGGAGUUCCUGUCCCCCGUGUUCAUCGGUGAGGUCGCCCACGUCACUGCUGAGAUCACCUACACGUCCAAGCACUCGCUUGAGGUCCAGGUCAAAGUCAUGGCGGAGAACAUCCUCACAGGCGCCAAAAAGCUGGCCAACAAGGCGGCGCUGUGGUACGUCCCCUGCUCCCUGCAGAACGUCGACAAGAUCAUGGAGGUGCCGCUCAUCAAGUACGCCAGUGAAGGUAAAGAAGAGGAGGGUAGGAAACGCUAUGAGGCUCAGAAGCUGGAGAGACUGGAGAGCAAAGCAAGGACUGAGGAGGUGGUGCCACCUCCACCCAACACAGAGCAGCACUCGGUUGGCUUCAGCCAGUCCACUCUGAUCCACCUGGUGGGCCCGUCAGACUGCAUACUGCACAACUACGUCCAUGGAGGUGUGACCAUGAAGCUGAUGGACGAGGUCGCUGGCAUCGUGGCAGCUCGUCACUGCAACACCAACAUUGUCACUGCCUCCGUGGACGCCAUCAACUUCCAUCGCAAGAUCAAAAAAGGCUGCGUUGUGACGGUGACGGGGCGCCUCACGUUUGUCAGCAACAAGUCUAUGGAAAUUGAAGUGGUGGUGGACGCGUCCUCCCUGUUGGAGGAGGAGAAAGAGAAAUAUCGCGCCGUCUCUGCAUUUUUCACCUUCAUCUCCCUGGAUAAACUCAACAGGCCUCUGCCCGUUCCUCCGCUGAAGGUUGAAGGGGAGGAGGAGCUGCGGCGGUUCGAGGAGGGCAAAGCGCGCUACCUCCAGAAUAAAGCCCGGAGACUCGCAGACGCCGAGCGACGCUGCUGAACGGCCGCACUGACACACAGUGCGAAGACGAACACGACCUCUGUUCUUCUGUCAUCGUAGCCUCCUGGUCAAACCAAACCCGUGAUUGUCUUUGCUGUGCUACUCACCAAAGUGUCCACUUCCUCCUGUACAUGUUUGUAUGUAAGAGUAGAUAUUUAAAGUAUAUUUAUGCUCACUGCCGGCGCAGAAUGGCGCCUGACUGCGUGUGAGCCGCAUUUGAAGACGCUGCCAAGAAUGUACACUUGGAAAUGAUGAAUAAGUGAGUGAAUAAUGAUGAAUAAAAGAUCCGAGUGUGA